CAAAUUGACAUGGUUGGAGGACCAUUUUGUUCAAAUAAAAAAAAUAGGAAACAACUUAUUUGUCAAAAAAAAUUCCCCUCACACUCCAAAAUUCCCAAUGUUUAGAGUUCUUGCCUUCAAUGCAACUGUGCACCCUUAUGCAAUUACAACCCCAAGGUUGGUUGUGAAAAUGUGUACAAUAGCCACUAAGAAUGCAGGUAGAAGAGUGGAGUCAUUAGUAGUGAAGCCUCCAGCACACCCAACUUAUGAUUUAAAGGGUGUUAUUCAACUCGCCCUUUCUGAAGAUGCUGGGGAUUUAGGAGAUGUGUCCUGUAAGGCGACAAUUCCUGUUGACUUGGAAUCCGAAGCUUAUUUUCUAGCAAAGGAAGACGGGAUUGUAGCAGGAAUUGCACUUGCUGAGAUGAUAUUCGCAGAAGUUGAUCCAUCACUAAAGGUGGAGUGGUUUAUAAAGGAUGGUGAUAAAGUUCAUAAAGGCUUGAACUUUGGCAAAGUACAAGGAAAGGCCCACAGCAUUGUUAUAGCUGAGAGGGUUGUUCUCAAUUUUAUGCAAAGAAUGAGUGGAAUAGCUACACUAACUAAGGCAAUGGCAGAUGCUGCACACCCCGCUUACAUCUUGGAGACUAGGAAAACGGCUCCAGGUUUACGUUUGGUGGAUAAAUGGGCGGUAUUAAUCGGUGGGGGGAAGAAUCACAGAAUGGGCUUGUUUGAUAUGGUGAUGAUAAAAGACAAUCACAUAUCUGCUGCUGGAGGUGUCAACAAAGCUCUAAAAUCUGUCGAUCAAUAUUUGGAGCAAAAUAAUCUUCAAAUGGGGGUUGAGGUUGAGACCCGGACUCUUGCAGAAGUACGUGAGGUUCUAGAAUAUGCAUCUCAAACAAAGACUUCAUUGACGAGGAUAAUGCUGGACAAUAUGGUUAUUCCAUUAUCUAACGGGGAUGUUGAGGUAUCCAUGCUUAAGGAGGCCGUAGAUUUGAUCGAUGGGAGGUUUGAGACAGAGGCUUCAGGAAAUGUUACCCUUGAAACAGUGCACACAAUUGGACAAACUGGUGUUACCUACAUUUCUAGCGGUGCCCUAACACAUUCUGUGAAAGCACUUGACAUUUCCCUGAAAAUCGAUACAGAGCUUGCCCUUGAAGUUGGACGACGUACAAAACGAGCAUGACCAACAUUUAUUUAUACUUUUCUUGUAACUCAAAAGAGUAGAAGCAGCCUAAUAGCACAAAGUGCAAAUAAGAAUCAUAAUAUUAAUGUCAAAGUAACCACUGCUUAAUCAGACAAAAAGAUGAAAUUUUUUGGAAUAUUCUUCAUGACUUUCUUCCAAUGUAACUGCUUGAGUUGGUAUUUUAUUAUAGCUUGCUUUCAUAUUUCGUGACUUUGAUACAAUGAAGAAACUUGAUUUAAAUGUUUGGUGUAUGUAAAGUUGUGUUACUUGUUCUUUUA